CCCAAGUAACUUUCAAAAGAAAACGUUUGGUUGGUUUGGUGACACGCCUCGUUGGCAUUGUGGCAUUGUAUGCUUGCUUUACUGUACGCCGGCUAGCUUGGAAGGUAAACAAUGUCGCACGUGAAAAGGCUGGUGCUCUCCAUAGUGCAGUUCCUUAGGCAGCAGCUCCAGACUGCCGACUUGAGCUCCGACGCAAAAGAAAGUGUUGAAGUGGCUGUCCAGUGCCUGGAGACUGCGUACGGAGUGAGCAUCGAUGACCUUUCCAAUGACAGCCUCCUCGUGUCGAGGACACUCCUAGACAUUUUUCGCGAAGUUGUGGUCCAGGAACACGCACAGGUGCACGAGACGUUGCCCGAGCCCACGGAGGCGCAGAGGGCUGAGGCCGAAAAAUACAAACAAGAAGGCAACAACAUGAUGAAACUAGAAAUGUACACAGCAGCCUUGGAAUGUUACACAAAGGCCAUCAGUUUGGACGGGAACAAUGCGGUGUAUUACUGCAACAGGGCUGCAGCGCACAGCAAGCUGAACAACCAUGCAGACGCCAUCGAGGAUUGCCAGAGGGCUUUGGACAUCGACCCAAAGUAUGGCAAGGCAUACGGACGGAUAGGUCUAGCCUAUGCGAGUCUUAACGAACACCAGAGAGCCAAGGAGUGCUACCAGAAAGCGGUAGAACUGGAUCCCGAGAACCAGAGCUACAUCAACAAUCUCAGGGUUGCCGAAGAGAAGCUGCGCGGAAUGCCCAGUCCGGGCAAUGGCGACGCACGCCGAGCCGGCGGAGUUGGUGGAGGGGCGCCGAUGGACUUUGGCAGUCUUCUAAACAACCCCACCCUCAUGAACAUGGCGGCCACCUUGAUGCAGGACCCCACCAUGCAAAACAUGAUGGCUGGCUUGAUGUCCGGUGGGAUGAGCCAGAAUACUGGGGGCGGCUUGGAUGCACUCCUUCAGGCCGGUCAGCAGUUGGCGUCGCAGAUGCAGGCCUCCAACCCCGAACUGGUGGAACAGUUGAGACGUCACAUGAGCAACUCAAACUCUUCGGACGCCAGCAAUCAGGACCCGUCGGCGGGGAACCCAGACGCGGACAACUAGGUGUGCUAGGACUCUACCUUCCAAGAGUAACGCGAAAUAACACAAAAUAAAAACACCAUUGAUCCUUGUUCAGUCCCAUUAGAAACUAUGACAAAAGGGCGGAGGUUAAAACCAGACUCGUUUUGGGGGGACAAAAUGUCAUAGUCUCCGCCAAGCAGACACAACACGACUCAGUUUUUGAAAUAAAAAAAAGAAAAAACACUCAU